UUCCACCAUCAGCACGAGAUGGAGAGGUGUCAUCCUGCGAUCCUAGCUGGGGCUCACAGAGUCCCAUUUGAUCUUGAUUUGCUGCUGAUUGAAAUUAAAUCUUAUUUCUUUCAAGUCUUAUUUCAAAUCACUUUCAAGUCAGUCCCAGUGAUAGAUGGAAACAUGGCCUUAUUUUAUUCUAAGAUAUUAGUGUAUGUUUAUCAUAGGCGCUCUCUGUCUAUCUAUCUAUCUAUCUAUCUAUCUAUCUAUCUAUCUGUCUAUCUGUUUAAAUAAAUUACAUUCAUGUUAUGUGCCUAUUUAGUCAGGAAAGUACUUUUUACAACAAUGGACAACCUGGAUUGCGCAAUCUGCCUGGAUCUCUACAAGACACCUGUCACCAUCCCCUGCGGACACAACUUUUGUAUGAACUGUAUUUCUGAGCACUGGGACAAGGCUAUCAAAGAAGAGAAGGAGAGUGCCUGCCCGCAAUGCCGCCUCAGCUUCCCGUCAAGGCCAGAGCUGAAGAAGAACAUCGACUUGUCUGACUUGGUGGACAAGAAGCGGAAAGAAGACAGUGUGAAAAGUCCAGGGCCUCCUAGUAUUAGCAGAGUGGCAGCAGGGCUGUGCAGUCGGCACGGCAGAGCACUGGAGCUCUACUGCAAGGUGGAUAAGAUGUGCAUCUGCUGUGCUUGCGUUAUCAAGGAAUGCAGCACACACAAGAAAGUCCUGGUGGAGGAUGAGAGAAAAGAUAGAGAGACAAAACUGAUAAAAAAGAGCAAAAAAGUGGACCUGCAGAUUGAACUGACUGAAAAGAACAUUGCAAAGAUGAAGGAAAACAUUGACACAGCAAAGGAGUUGUCAGAGCGUACAGAAGAGUGGUUGUCGAAUAAGUUCUGCCAGCUGCUACAGAAUGUGAAGCAGUGCCAUGAGGCCAUGGCCCAGUAUGUGGAGCAGGAGAAGGGGAGAGAGCUGAGCCGGGCUGAGAAGAAUCUACAUCAGCUUGAGCAGAGUGCCGAAACACUGAGGAAGCAUCGGGAACAGACCGAGGCCCUGCUCAAAAAGCAAGACGAUGUUCAAUUCCUGCAGGAGUCUCAGUUCAUUGACGAGCCACCCUUGAAGGAAGUUCCAUUGACUGUUGUCUUGGAUUUAGAUACCAAAGUAACUGCUGUGACUGACCUAGUAUCCAAGAUCUCAAAACUGGUUUUGGAGGAUUUACAGAAAGUGACGUCUCCUGCUGAUAAACAAGAAGUGCAAGUCUCUCCAAAGGAAAAGCGGUGCACUGAAGACAUCUCUGUGAAUCCUGCUGUCUCCACCAAGACUCCCAUUGGGGAAUGCUAUCAAGCACAAUACUGCACCCUUUCUUUUGACCCCCACACAGCCCACAAGUACAUCAGGCUAUCCUGUGACAACCGCAAAGCAGAACACAGCUCAACGGGAAUACAGAAGGUCCCUGCACACAAGGCCCGUUUCGAAGGCUGUUGCUGGCAGGUGCUGUGUGCAGAGGGGCUGAAGGGCGGGCAGUACUACUGGGAGGUAAACGUCUCCCAUCCGUGGGUCUACCUGGGGGUGGCCUACAGCUCCAUCAAGAGGAAGGAGAGUGACAAACGGUGGUAUCUGGGUAUGAACAAAGAGUCCUGGAGCCUGCAGCUGAAUAAAGGCUGCUGCUUUGCAUUACAUGGUGGUAAAGAAGAACGUCUGGGGGAGCAUGACUACAAGAGAAUUGGCCACUUUCUGGACUAUCCAGCAGGCACCCUAACCUUCUACGGGGUGGGGAGUAAACUGAACCACCUUCACACGUUUCACACCGCCUUCAGCCAGCCGCUCUACCCAGCCUUCUGGAUCGGGGAGGGUGUGAGUGUCACACUUAUAACACCCUUCUAGUUUGUGAUUUACACUGCAACGCUUAUUAAAGGGAUUUUUUAAAGAUGAAUUUCACAGCAUAUCUGCUUGCAGUCACAAACAGUAUCUUUACUUGUUCUAGCUAUCCGCAUGUUCUGACCUACUGCUGCAGGUACCGUGAAUGCUGUACCAUUGCUCUGCAUGCAAACUGACAUUUCAGUGGGAUAGAAACCCAGAUGGCUCCAUUGAAACGUCAGAAUCAGAAACAUUUUUUUCGUUCUUAAAUCCUUGUCUGGAUGCUUGAAUGCAAUCAAAUUCAAAUACAGGCUAGACCUUGUAGAAAAAAAAAUACAAACACUGUUUUUUUUUUAAGACAGACAAAAUCAAAGGAUUGAUUAGAAGUCCCCGCGCUAAUUCACAGAAGUGUUGUUUUGCUUUGUAUAUUAAAGGCAUUUUUAUUUUUAAACUUGGAACUGUGGGGGAAACCGUCUGUUUAAUACUCAAAUAUUAGGCACACAGUCCUUGUUGGGAUAGUGGGCUGAAAAAUACCCUUGCGGGUAUAAUGAGAAUUACCAUUGUUGGUAUUUAUAUCAUAAAUAAAAAUGCCCACUGGGCUGAAAUACAAACUGUGGCUCUAUCUCGAUGUAUUUAUUAGAAGUUAUUUAUUUAGAACUAGUCUACUGAGAUGCAAACACCAUUUUGUCUCAGAUGCCGCAUUGUCAUCUAUAAAAACAUGAUACUAUUUUUCUUUCUAGAUCUUUUGUGGUCAUUGUGUCAAAUUCAAGAUGACUGCCAGUUUCUGUAUCCCACCUGAACCUAUGGAUUAUUUUUAGCCUUACUGCAAUGGGUCAA